GGGGGCGGGGCGGGGCGGGCAGCGGAGCUCGGUCGGCGCUGGAGGCAUCGCGGUCCAGGUCUCCAGUGCCUAUUGGAUUUUCACCUUAAAAAGUUCAGAGCAUGAAAUUUCUUACACUGUCGAUGUAGAUCCAGUACAAUGAUUCAGUAGAAGACCCUACAGAUCAGGGGGCGGAGGAGCCUGGCACUGAAGGAUGAACGGAGAGGAGGAGUUCUUCGAUGCCGUCACAGUGCCCAGGAGCUGCCCCCCACGUAAGGACCUGGAGAGUGUGGCGCUGGUGGCAGGGUGGUGGCCUCAUGCGGGGAGCCCCCGGGAGCGGUCCUCGUGCUCCGCCUCGACCUUCGGUUCUUGGGAAGAAGCGUUCAUUACUCUGGACGUGUCGGUCAGAAGCACUCUUGAGCUUCAGGUGCCUGCUUGCAGAGUGAGAAUUCUUAGAGAGGCAAAUCAGAGAGUCACUGGCGUGAUUCAUGUGGACACCAGCAAAAGUAAUGGGAUUGGAAAAGUUGGGGAGAGGCCUCCUCAAGAGAAUGGAAUUCAAAAGCACAGGACGUCGUUGCCUGCUCCGAUGUUUACCAGAAGUGAUUUCAGCGUGUGGAGUAUAUUGAAAAAGUGCAUUGGCUUGGAGCUGUCCAAGAUCACGAUGCCCAUCGCCUUCAACGAGCCUCUGAGUUUCCUGCAACGGAUCACGGAGUAUAUGGAGCAUGUGUACCUCAUCCACAAAGCCUCCUGCCAGCCCCAGCCCCUGGAAAGGAUGCAGUCUGUAGCGGCCUUUGCGGUUUCGGCUGUGGCUUCCCAGUGGGAGAGGACCGGCAAGCCGUUCAAUCCGCUCUUGGGGGAAACGUACGAGUUAACCAGGGAAGACUUAGGGUUCAGGUUCAUAUCCGAGCAGGUCAGCCACCACCCCCCCAUCAGUGCAUUUUACUCGGAGGGCCUCCAUCAGGACUUCCUGUUUCACGGCUCCAUCUACCCGAAGCUCAAGUUCUGGGGGAAGAGCGUGGAGGCGGAGCCGCGUGGCACCAUCACGCUGGAGCUUCUCAAACAUGAUGAAGCCUACACGUGGACCAACCCUACCUGCUGUGUCCACAACGUGAUUAUCGGGAAACUCUGGAUAGAGCAGUACGGGACGGUGGAGAUUGUGAACCACAGAAAUGGAGAUAAGUGUGUGCUUCACUUUAAACCGUGUGGAUUGUUUGGAAAAGAACUUCACAAAGUGGAAGGGUACAUUCAAGACAAAAACAAAAAGAAGCUCUUUAUGAUCUAUGGCAAAUGGACGGAGUGUUUGUGGGGCCUGGACCCUGCUGCGUACGAGUCCUUCAAGAAGCAGGAGAGGAGAACUGAUUCCCUGAGGAAGACAAAGCUGGACGACUGCCCCGAGAAGGCCGACGGUGAUGUGGUGGACGCCGUGCCGGAGGCUCAGGAGACGGUGCAGGUCAUUCCGGGCAGCAAGCUACUCUGGAGGGUCAACACCCGGCCCCCCAACUCUGCCCAGAUGUAUAAUUUCACGAGCUUCACGGUUAGUCUGAAUGAACUGGAGACGGGCAUGGAGAAGAUCCUGGCCCCCACCGACUGCCGGCUGCGCCCUGACAUCCGAGGCAUGGAGAACGGCAACAUGGAUCUGGCGAGCCAGGAGAAGGAACGGCUGGAGGAGAAGCAGAGGGAGGCCCGGAGGGAGCGGGCCAGGGAGGAGGCCGAGUGGCAGACGAGGUGGUUUCACCGAGGCAGUAACCCGUACACUGGGACCCCCGACUGGCUGUACGUGGGGGGCUACUUUGAGAGGGAUUUCUCAGGCUGCCCAGACAUCUACUGAGAGAGCGGACCGGCCCCCGGCCCCGGAGACCCGAGAGGCUAGACUCCACCAAGUGGCUGCUCUGAGCUCCGGUCACAGCAGAAGCCAGCUUUCUAACGGCUGUGCGUGGAGAUGGCUCCAUCCCUGGCUGAGGAUUUAAUUCUAAUCAACUUUUGAUUGCCAAACAUUUUACUACUGUUGCAGUCUCUUCAUAAAGCUUCACUUGGGAUCAUCAUGUUUCCAUUAAGGUUUGAAAAGGAAAAUUCGUUACAGUUCCCUUUUAUGUGACAGAACCAGCGCUGGGGCUGGUGUAGCUUACAGCACCCUCUUAAUUACAAAAGUUAUAAAUAAAGGAAGUAACAGGACGGGGUCCACAUUCCUCCUUAUAACGCGGUGGCAAAGUGUUUCUGAAAGUAUUUUAAAUUUGAACCAGUAUCAGGAAAAGAUGGAUCUUGAAAAAAGUCCCACCAAGUGCUUUGUAACGGCCAGGAAUUGCUUUCUAGAUUACAGUGACGCAAAAGUGAAGAUUUUCAAAGCAUCUGAUUGAAUGAAAUGAAAAGUUGUCAGAGUCUGUAUUUUUUAUCAGUCUUCAAUAAUGUAAAGAUUACUUUUGAUAUUUAAGUUCAAACUACUUGAAGAAUAUUUUGCUGAAGAGCACGAUAGGCAUUAACGUCACGUGUACACUGUCCAAAAUGAAGCAUUACCAUGACAACCGAGGGUGGCCAGAAACCUUGACAAAAAGUCCCCAGACGGCUCCCAACCCCGACAGGUUUGGGAGCCCGCCUCUGGCCCCCAGGGCUCCCCUGUCACUGCAGGCCACACCCACGUCACAGAGCGAGUCUCUCACGACAGUUGGCCUGUCCCUGCAGCACCUGUGCUCCUGUCCUGCAUGUGUGAAAUACGAGGGACCCACCUCUGGGGGCACCGAGGCGGGGGGGUCCUAGCAGUCUGCUUCCAGUGGUGUCAUUACCGUUGUGUGUCCAUCUCUGCACACAUCUGCACCAGUGACUGUUUACCUUCUGUAGAGAAGCCAACACCACCGGUCGUCGCAGAGCUCUUUGAAUUGAAGACAAUCUGCUGUGUGCACAGACGCACACCUGCACGCACACGCGCACACACACGCACCUGUAUGCAGUGGUGGGUUCUCAGUGAGAGGGUGUCGGCAUUUUGUGUCCCAGCUUCAAAAUCACGUUUGUAAUUAAAACACUUUUAAAAGCAAA